UUAAAGGAAAUAAAUAAAAACAUUAAUUAAUAUAAGCUGUAAUACAAGAAUAAAAAUAACAAUAAAAAUAGUACAUAGUAAAAGUAGCUAAAAUAGAGUAAAAACAAUAUAUACAAUAAAGUUAAAAUACAACUAUGAAAAGAAGUGCAGUAGUGACUAAUAGAAGAGUUAGUUAAAAAAAUAAAAUGAAGAUAUACGUGUUUAGCUUUCGGAACUAGGAACUAACAUAUUUCAGCAUUUUGUUCCAUCGGACUGUUGUUGUGAAACACCGGGGCUGCUCUCCGGCGGACUUUUUGAUUUCAGAUUUGCUGUCUGACACAGAGGAAAUGUUUAUACUACAAAUAAAAAACAAUUCAACAGGGGUGUUUGUUUUCGCUCGAUUGCCUCCUUCCCCGUUAAACAUUUAAAUGUAUUAUCUGUUAAAUAUAGUUUCUACACUCGUGUCAGGACUCAAAUUGAUGUCAUGUUAAGUAACAUCAAGCUGCUUAGACAUUUAUCCAAAGCGGUGCAUCUUCAGCAUGAGUGGGUCGGCUCCACCUCCGCUGAAAAAGAAAAGCUACAUGGGCCAACACCAGAUCAAGAAGAAAAUUAGCCUCCAAGCUCCCGAUGAUCCACCAGAGAGGGACAGCCUGCUGAGGAAGAGCCACUAUCUGUCAGACAAAACAAACACAUCAGAGAACAUCAGCAGAGACAGACUCAUGGGUGGAGGGACAGUGUUUCCACUUGGGGAAUCCACAUUAGCUCUUGAUGAAGAGAUGCUACAGGUGCUGGAUGCUGCAGAUUCUGUGAAGCCUGCAGCUGACAGAGCUCGUCCAGCAACUGUAAACAGACACGCACAGGAACAACCACCAGUUGCAGACAGUAAGAGGGAAAAUGACUUUGUGCUACAGGAGAGAGUCUGUGGGCGAAAUGGUGACUAUAAGAAACCAGGAUGGAGCACUGACUGUGAAGACCUCGCUCAGCGGCUUCUCUUCAGUGAGGACGCGGAGGAAUCAGAACAUGCGCAGAGGGAUCCAAAGAACGGCCAGUCAGUGCCAGCUUCUGCCUGCAUCAGUGGCUCCACCUGUAGGCAGAAUAAUACAUCCAGAAAAAAUAGCUCUGCUCGUAGUGAAGACAAAAAUGGGCAAAAUGUGAAUGCUGAUGUACCUGUGGAUGUAUCCAGAGACUAUAUCUUAUUCAGUCCUACACGCCUGGCAGCUGCCAUGAAGAAAGCUAAACUCCAGAAUCAGUCCACCUCUGUGCUCACAGUGCCCAGUGGCUUAGACCUCAGUACUCUCAGUGACACGGUACCUCAGCCAGGCAUUGCCUUGUGUGCUCCUGCAGAGCAUGCUGAAAAGCUGUUGUUAUCCAGUUGGGGUUUACCAAAACCUAUUUUGGAGCGCUACCAGAAGCACAGAGUGACUCACAUGUUUGAAUGGCAGGCUCAAUGCCUCACUGUUGGACAGGUGCUGCAGGGAGGAAACCUGGUAUACUCUGCACCUACUAGUGCUGGAAAAACUCUGGUGUCAGAGCUGCUGAUGUUGAAGCGUAUAUUGGAGACCAAAAGAAAAGCUCUCUUUAUUCUGCCUUUUGUCUCUGUGGCCAAAGAGAAGAUGCACUACCUGCAGAAUGUAUUUGAAGAGGCAGGAGUCCGUGUGGAGGGAUACAUGGGCAGCACCUCGGCUGCUGGAGGUUUCGCGACGCUGGAUGUGGCUGUUUGCACCAUAGAAAAAGCCAACUCUCUCAUUAACAGACUAAUAGAGGAGGACAGUAUGGGUCUACUAGGUAUGGUUGUGGUGGAUGAGCUGCAUAUGGUUGGAGAUUCUGGAAGAGGAUACCUGCUAGAACUGCUCUUAACCAAAAUCCGCUACAUCGCACAGAAGCAGAACACCUCUGGGUCCCUUUCUGAGGGUGUGCAGAUAAUAGGUAUGAGUGCCACAUUGCCUAACCUGUCCCUCCUGGCCAGCUGGUUAGGUGCACAGCUUUACCAGACAGAUUACAGACCGGUGCCUUUGCAUGAGCAUCUCAAGGUUGGAUACAGCAUAUACGACAGGAGCCUCUCAGUGGUUCGUCAGUUCACUCCUGCUCUUUACGUUAAGGGUGAUGAUGACAACAUAGUGAGCUUGUGUUAUGAGACGGUGAGGGAGGGCCACUCUGUGUUGCUUUUCUGCCCCUCGAAGAACUGGUGUGAGAAACUUGCAGACAGCAUCGCCAGAGAAUUUUACAACCUCAGACAUGCAGAUCGCCAGGGAGAAGCAGAGCCCCAGCCAGUGUGUCUGGAUCAGGAGGGACUAGUGGAUGUCAUAGCACAGUUGAGACGAACUCCGGCUGGUUUAGACCCCAUCCUCCAGCGCACUGUGCCAUGGGGGGUGGCCUUCCACCACGCUGGUUUGACAUUUGAUGAGCGCGAUGUGUUGGAGGGAGCUUUUCGUCAAGGCAUGGUGAGGGUCCUGGCUGCCACCUCUACUCUCUCUUCAGGCGUUAAUCUCCCAGCCCGCAGGGUCAUCAUUCGAACCCCAAUGUUCAAUGGCCACUUGUUGGAUCCGCUCACGUACAAACAGAUGGCUGGAAGAGCAGGGAGAAAAGGAGUGGACACUACAGGUGAAAGUGUGUUGGUGUGUAAGGAGGCAGAGCGUCAGAAAGGUAUCAGCCUCCUUCAAGGUGCCCUUCAACCAAUCAGCAGCUGCCUGGUGAGAAGGGAGGGAGAAGGUGUCACUACCAGCAUGCUGCGAGCCAUACUGGAGAUCAUCGUCGGAGGUGUUGCCAGCACUCCACAGGAUGUGAAGUUGUAUGCUUCAUGUUCACUACUGGCUGCCACCAUGAAAUGCAAUGACAAAGAAAAGGCAAACGAAGAGACCAGCAGGGGGGCUAUUGAGACCUCUGUUGAAUGGUUGAUGGAGAAUGAAUUUAUCAGUAUCCAAAAGCAAGGACAAGAGGAGCAGUACUGUCCCACUCAACUUGGUGCUGCUACCCUGUCUUCCUCCCUGUCCCCUCCUGAGGCUCUGGGAAUAUUUGCAGAUCUCCAGCGGGCUAUGAAGGGCUUUGUACUGGAAAAUGACUUACACAUUCUGUAUUUGAUCACACCCCUGUACGCAGAAUGGACUACCAUCGAUUGGUAUCAGUUCUUCUGUCAGUGGGAGCAGCUCUCAUCAUCAAUGAAGAGAGUGGCAGAGUUGGUUGGCGUUCAGGAGGGUUAUCUUGCUCGGUCUGUCAACGGCAAACCUGCCGCUAAGACAGAGAAGCAGCGUAGACAAAUGGCUAUUCAUAAACGGUUCUUCACUACUCUUGUGCUACAGGACCUGGUGAAUGAGGUACCUUUGGGAACAGUAGCAUCCAAGUACAACUGCAAUCGUGGGCAGUUACAGUCUCUCCAGCAAUCUGCUUCUACAUAUGCAGGUAUGGUCACAGUGUUCUGCAAGCGUUUGGGUUGGCACAACAUGGAGCUGCUGUUGUCUCAGUACCAGACCAGACUGAGCUUCGGAAUCCAGAGGGAGCUGGUAGAUCUGGUCAGGGUUUCCCUCCUGAAUGCAACACGAGCCAGAGCACUCUACGCACAAGGUCUCUGCACUGUUGCUGAAUUAGCCAGGGCUACAGUAGCUGAUGUAGAGAAAGCCUUAAGGAAUGCUGUCCCAUUUAAGAGCUCUAAGCGUGCAGUGGAUGAGAGUGAGGUGGAAGCAGCUGAGCGGCGGAACCUCCGCUGUGUCUGGGUCACUGGUGGACGAGCUCUGACAGAAAAGGAAGCAGCCGUUGAGAUCGUGACUGAGGCACGGCUCCUCCUUCAGGAAGACCUGGCACAGCUAGGUAUUCAGUGGGACCCAACAACACUUGUGUCCCAACAACACACCGGGGCUUCUGUGGUCACCAGCGCUGAUGACCAUUCCAGCAGUAACUCAGACAACUCAUAUAUCAGCUCACAAGAAGCACAGACAGUUAGCACUACAAACCACCAAGAGGUAGACGGGUUUAAGACAAGCAACAGGAGAGAUAUUGGCAGGCGUAGAGAAGAGAGUAAGGAAGAAUCUAAAAGAGAGAAAACAAAAAGCAGAAAAGAGGGAGAAGCAAGGAGAGAGUACAGGAGCAAACCUGAAGCAGUGGGGGUAAAGAAAAAAUUGGAAGAGAGGAGCGUACCAGACAGAGCACAAUUAGGUAAUGAAGUUUUAGUAGAAAGAGUGACAGAAGCAAAUCAACAACAAAGAAAUACAAAAUCAUCUCUGGCAAAUGAAACAGAAAAGCAAGAUGAAAAAAGAGACAAAGAAAAGAGUGAGGAAUUAGAACAAAGAGGCCAAGAGUACAGAAAAGCAGUGCAGAAAGAAGGGGGUGCAAGUAAAGUCUCAGUCAGACCAGAGGAUCAGCAAGCAAGUUGGCCCGUACGUCCUGAAAGAAGCCUGACACAAGAAUUAGCAGAGAUUGUAUCUAGCCCCCUGCUUCAACACAAGCCACCUCCUCAGCCUUGUCCUUCCCCCAUGGCUCCUCCUCGGUUUAGAGCCCUGAUUUCCAGGGUAAAAGAACUACAACAAAGUGUCUCCACAAAGACAUCAAAAGUAGACAACACCACGGGUGACUCACCUGUGCAACCAGGUAGACUGAAACAUUCAAGAGCCCUAAGCAAAGUCCUCCAUUCUAUACAAACUGACAAAAGCCUACAAGAUAAUGUAGAGACUGUGCAGACAUCACACUCACAUAACACGUGCACAUUUCCUGCUCUUGGCCCUGCACAACAAACUCCUUGCACUGUUUCUGCUCCAAGAAAUGAAGACAUGUCAGAUUCUCCUCAGCCUGUCUCUCCUGCCUCAGCUCCCUUAAUCUCACCUGAGGCCAAGCGAAGAAGGAUAGAAGGCGGAGAGAUAGAUACGUUUUCAUCUCCCGAGCUGUACGCAGGAGAUGAGGAGGUUCAGGGAGAAAUGAAAAAGGGAGAAGAGAGUUUUGGUGAGAGCUUUGAAUUGGACACUCAGACAGAAAGGAUCAUUUUUCAACAGGUGGAUCAACCCAGAGAUGGGAAUGAGAGAAGUAUGAAUGAGUUGGUAGAAACUGAAAAGAUAAAAGAGGAGGAAGUGGUAGAAGCAGCUGCAGUGCAAGAGGGAGACGCCGAUGAGAGAAGAAACAGGUUGGAAGCUCCCGAUGACGCUUGUCCCAGAUUCAGUAUUUCUCUCACAGAUAGCCAGAUGGAGCUCAUCCUAAACACCAGCCACCAGAUUCCUUCUGAUCCAGAUGGUGGUGAUAACAUGGAUGAAGAUAAAGAUGAAGUUGGUGAUGAUGGUGAAGUGCCCGUUGCCAAUCAAGCCGUUUCUGAGAGUUCUAACAGAAGCAGUAGCUUCCUCUUCGACAGCCUGUACGACAGCUCUCUGCUGGCUGCUCUGAGUCCACAUCAGAUCGACCAAUCAGACGAAGAGGAAUGUGGCCAGGAGGUCAGAGUCGAACGUCCCUGUUCGUCAACCCAGGAGCGACGGCACAGCGAGCUCCUUGCCAACCAGGAGGCGGAAAAGCAGGAGGCAAUCCAAUGGGGCGAGUCCUUCUUCAACCUGUCUGAGUGGGGUGACUCACUGCUUGUGGGUGAACACUUUCUGGAGAGGCAGAGUGUGCUCAGACAUACGGAGAGAACUGAAAAAGAGCAAGAAGCCAGCCAUCAUGAAGCUGAGCAACCCAACACAGACCAGCUGUCGAAUUCACAAUCUGAACUUGGUCAGAUACAGUUAAAACCUACAACUACUACUCCUAAAGCAUCUACCACAAUUCAAAAUGAGUAUGACAUGGGUAAAGCCAGUAAUAAUCCAGCCCCUACACACAGAAGCGAAGAGGGUAGAAAUGAGAAAUACUUAGAGAAUAAAAGAAAGGAAGAGAAGGAGAAGGAAGAGAAAAUGAAUACUUUACUGUCAGAUAAUGCAGUUUUAAAACAUCCUAAUUUCCAAAAUGCACCUGAAAGUACUCUUUGUUGCAGCCCUGGCCUACAAGAGAUCUUUGACCUCUGGCCUAGUAUGUCUGACCAGCCCUGGCAAAACACUACAACAGGCCUCACAGGCAAACACACUCAGACUGCUGCUGCAGCAGAAGUUACAAAAAUACUGCAGUCCUCGAUACAGGUGAGGAGAAAAAGAGGAAAUCUGAAUGUGCAGGUCGCUGCUGCUGAGAGUGGUUCUCAAAAACCCUCAAGACAUGACAGUGAGAAUGUAACAGAGAGACCAGGCUUUGCUGGUGACCUUAUCCCCCCUACUCAGGAAACCCCACCUGUCACACCAAGAAUAAAACUGACCACCUCGUCUGUCCAGUCGCCUCUCAUUGCUCAGCCUCUCAACCAGUCGACUCCCUCCACCCUCCUGCCAGGGAAACCAGCAGCUCCUAAAACUGUGUGUUCUAAAACUCGCCCAGGAUACACUAAUAAGCAGUCCAGAGCUAUUGACCACAAACACCAGCUGGGACACAAACCCAAGACACUACCUGAAUCUGAGCAGCACACCAAAGUAAACCCCACUACUGUUUCACACCCAACUUUAAAAUCCAAACCCCUGCCACUCUCCGACCAGAACCUCAGCCCUCCACAAGACUGGCCUUCUCCACCCCCCCCUCAGCCAAAGACCCUUUCUGAUACAGAGUCACCUGUGACUGAUGAAGGCUUCACUCUUCAGCUGUCCCAGGAUGCAUCACUCUGUUCCAGCAACUCUGGGAACUUCUCUAUCAUAGACGUGGCAAGUGACAGGGGCCUCUUCCACACUUUCAUUAAUGAGUGGAAAACAAAGGAUCGGUACUCUCUGGCUUUGGCCUGUGAAAAGAAGGAGCACAGGCAGCAGCCUGAGGAGGAAAUAGGAGGGAAACAUAAGAGAGUGUCAGCUGCUCAUCAGAAGCUUCACACAGCUGAUGGUUUUCCAGUAAGAGAUAGUGAGGGACUGGUGCUGAUUGGGCUGGCUGUCUGCUGGGGAGCAAGAGAUGCCUACUACAUAUCCCUGCAGCAAGAGCAGAGCAAAGGUUUGAGCUCUAGUCUGGCCCCUCCUCCACUGGAUGGAAAUCUGCCAUUGAGUGAGAGGCUGGGGCAGGUGAAGGCCUGUCUGAGCAGGCUGUCAGCUGGUCAUGGAGGGGGUGUGGUUGUCACGUAUGACAUCAUUCAGGUGUACAAGACUCUAGUGCUUAGCUGUGGCGUCAGCUUGGAGGGUAACUACGAGGACCCCAAGGUGGCGUGCUGGCUGAUGGACCCUGGCAGUGAGGAGAGGACUAUACCCAACAUGGUGACGGUCUACUGUCCUGAGGAAUUACCUCUGUUAGAUGGACUUGGGAAUGCACACGCACACUGUCCCCGUGUCAGGGCAGCGACCAAGAGUGUGCUUAUAUAUGCUGUCAUGAACCAUCUCACUGGCCUGCUUGAGAAAGACGGCAUGCUCGAGUCUUUCAGGAACAUUGAGAUGCCCUCCCAGGUGUGUCUGGCUCUGCUGGAACUGAACGGCGUGGGCUUCAGUGUUAAAGAGUGUGAAAGGCAAAAACAUGUGAUGCAAGCCAAAAUCACAGCGCUGGAAUCUCAGGCUUACAAUCUGGCUGGACACGGCUUCUCCCUGACUAGCAUUGACGACAUAGCACAGAUUUUGUUCUUAGAGCUCCACCUGCCUCCAAACGGAGACAUGGGUGGAUCGAAAAGUAAGAAGACUCUAGGCUACACCCGGAGAGGUGGCGGCAGAGUACGACUUGGAAAGCAGUUCAGCACCACAAAGGAUGUUCUGGAGAAGCUUCUACCAUUGCACCCGUUGCCGGGGGUGAUUCUAGAGUGGAGGAGGAUCACCAACGCUCUGACUAAAGUGGUGUUUCCCCUGCAAAGGGAGAAGCAAUAUCACCCUGCACUGGACAUGGACAGAAUAUACCCCAUCGCUCAAACACACACAGCCACAGGUCGAGUGAGCUUCACUGAGCCCAACAUACAGAAUGUCCCCAAAGACUUUGAGAUUCACAUGCCCACAGUGGUGGGUGAGAGCCCACCUUCACAAGAUGGAGGCCACAUGACCACCAAAGCAGGAAAGAAAAGACACUCCAUGGUGUCUUCAGUUCCAGCUGGAGGUGCAGAACAAGGCCCGGCCUUCUCUGUCAGCAUGAGACACGCCUUCGUACCUUUUUCAGGUGGAAUGAUAUUAGCAGCUGAUUAUUCCCAGCUGGAGUUGAGAGUGUUGGCUCAUCUCUCCAAAGAUCAACGUCUGCUGCAGGUGCUGAAUGGAGGAGCAGAUGUGUUUCGCUGCAUCGCUGCUGAGUGGAAGAGUGUUGACCCCGAGACUGUGAACGACAGCCUUAGACAACAGGCAAAACAGAUUUGCUAUGGCAUUAUUUAUGGAAUGGGAGCCAAGUCUUUGGGGGAGCAGAUGGGAGUGGAGGAAAAUGAUGCAGCCUGCUACAUAGAGAGUUUCAAGGCCAGAUACAAAGGGAUCAACCAUUUUCUCAAAGAGACAGUGAAGGGCUGUAUAAAGAAUGGCUACGUUCGUACCCUGAUGGGCCGUCGGAGAUACCUACCUGGAAUCACUAACACCAACACACACAUCAAAGCACAUGCAGAGCGCCAGGCAGUGAACUCGGCUGUACAGGGCUCAGCAGCAGACGUUGUUAAACUUGCCACUGUGAACAUCCAGAAACGACUCCGGAAAACAUACCCUGCAGCUCCACAGUCUCACCAGCACACACGCCCAGCCAGUCAUCACCGCAGGGCUGGGUCGUCUCAUCUGAGAGGAGCGUAUUUUGUCCUGCAGCUGCAUGAUGAACUUAUCUACGAAACUGCAGAGGAAGACCUCCUACAGGUUGCCCAGAUUGUCAAGAGGGAGAUGGAGUCAGCAGUGAAACUGUAUGUGAAGCUAAAGGCUAAAGUCAAGGUGGGACCCAGCUGGGGUAACAUGCAGGACCUCGAUAUAUAAUGUUUUAGUAUUUAGUGUGAAAUCAAAUGCCAUGCAGUCAUUGCUUAAGGCUCUGUGAUAUGUAAAUACAAUAAUUUGAGUAUUUUAAAACUACCAUUUGAAAAAUAAUGAAAUAAAUAGAAUAUAAUUGCACUAAAUGAACUUCAUGGAAUGUAUUUAUAAUUAUAUUUUUUGUGUACAAUGUCAAAUUAUACUUGUAAAAAAGAUAAAUGAGAUUUUGUGUAUGAUGGUACCCGGUGUAAUAAAAACAAAAUAUAG